UACCUCUUCUCCCGUUCAGCGUGCCGUGCAAGUCCGGUGGUCUCGUCGCCCGGUUCCGUCCACAGAAAGGCUAAUGGCGACCGCCAUGAGCACCCGUCUCCUACGGCUCGGCUUCCGUCAUGUCCCCUCCCUCCUGCUCCGGGGUCCCCUAUUCCCCGCCCCGAUUCUGGGCCCGGGAGUCGGCAGGGUCGGGUUGGUCCGGCUCCGAUGUUCGGCGGCCGAUGCCGGCGACGGCAGGGGCAAGAAGGUUUCAGCACGGCUAGCACUUGCACAGCAGGUGAUGCGUGACGCAGAGGAGCGUGCGGCCUCGGCCGGCUCUGACCCCGCCCCAAAGAUUACCCUGGAUCAUGUUACUCUUAACUUUGCGAGAAGUGGGGGAGCUGGUGGUCAGAAUGUUAAUAAAGUUAAUACAAAGGUUGACAUGCGGUUCAAUGUCGAGAAAGCUCAUUGGCUUGGAGAGAGGAUUAAGGAACGGAUAUUACAAACGGAAAAGAACCGGAUAAAUAAAGAUGGUGAACUCGUGAUGUCUUCUACAAAAACUAGGACACAAAAGGGCAAUAUUGAAGAUGCUUUGCAGAAAAUACAGGCAAUCAUUGAUGCUGCAGCAUAUGUUCCUCCGCCACCUUCAGAAGAGCAAAAGAAGAAAAUUGAAAAAAUUGCUGCAGCCGCUGAGAGGAACAGAAUUCAAAACAAGAAGGUGCUUUCACAGAAGAAGGAAUUUAGAAGGAACAGAACUAGCUGGGAUUGAUUACAGGAUAACAAAAAUGUCUUCUCCAUGCGUCGGACAUAGCUUCAGCUGAUUCUUGUACCCAUAUAGAUGUAAAGAACGGGUCAAUGUGGCGGCAUCUUGGUGAAUGAAGAUAACAGACAAAUUUUUGUCUCGUCCAGUCGGAAACCAGUAAAACGUAAAGAACAAGGGCAAAAGCAUGGUGAUGCCAUCUUGCUGGAGAUUGCUAGUUACACAGCCAGUUUUUGUUUCAUCCAUCGGAAACCAGCGCCUGACGAGUAACACUGCUUCUGUCCAAAUACGCACUAUGCAUCGGUGGUCCUGAUCGCUGAACUUACCAGAUGCAUCACAUGUUCACUGGGCACUCAUAUGUAAAACUGUAACAAUCAUUCACCCAAUUAGAACUGCCAGCUCUACCAGUUUGAGAAUCGUGCCGCGUGUUCUGAGCGUUGCUGUGCCUAACUGAGCAUUCAGAUUUGUGGGAUCAACGUGUUUUUUUAGAUGUUGGGAUCAACAUGUUGAUACCGUAUCCAUGGACGAACCUUUUUUUUUCAAAAAGACAUUCUAAGGGAUUUAUACUGUUAUCUAUGACCAUACAUCAUGUAAUUCGUAUAUGUUCUCAUCUUAUUGAUUUGUGUGAAAUAAAAUAGUGAUGUGUAUAGUGUGACAGAACA